AUGUUCGAGGUGGCCUGCGAUUGGAACUUUGGCUUUCCUGAUUCGUCAAGCACCAUUCCUGCUUCUGGGUUCUUUGCGUCCUUGGUUUCGGUUUCCGGCACCUCUGCGUCGAUCAAAACCAUCUCCGUAUCAUCUGCCACCGAUACGUCGGUCUGGGGACAAAAUAAUAGAAGAAUUCACGUGAACAGCAUAUCAAGCUCAGCCAAGGAGACAUCUUCCGGAGCGCCAAUUUCCUGCGCCAAAAAGCCCGAGCGCACGGUCUCAAGCCACUUCAUGCUGAUGGAGGGCUCGACGGUGGUGUCGGACAGGAUGGAGCUGGUGAUGGUGUUGACGGCUUCGGUUUGGGUGUUGAAGCUGAGAGCUGCUGCUCUGAGAGCAGCCACGGCAGCGGCCGCGCUCGGAUUGUUUGCAAUGGAGGCAUUUUUGGGGAUCCGCGGGGUGGCAGCAGCAGCAGUCAAAUGGACGGUUUUUGGCUUUUUGGCACCCAAAAGACUCAUUGACUUGGACCGCUUGCCGAUUGAGGACGGCACUUUUUCCCUGACAAGGUCCGGCAUGGACCCGAGCGACUUGGCUCUUGGAGGCAGACUAGCGAAACCGGCGUCCUCGUAUGCCGAAAUAAGAGACGCAGUGACAGGAGCCACUGCAUAUGGGACGGCCAAGUUGGCCAUUCUGAGAUCCAAUGACGAGUCCAAAAACGGCAUUUUUUUAUCGCCGAAAUCUUGGGAGCUGGCUUGCGACGAGACUGCCGCAUGA